UGCCCGGAUAGGUAGACUUAUUUUGAUUGACAGUCUCGGUCGGGCUCGGUAGUAGAUUCAGAGCGCUGUAGCAUUGGCGCUGUCCACACGAGAGCAGGUUCUGAAACGCGCCGUGCGCUCGUGCAGUGUUUGCGCGGUAAGGACGGAGGCUCGACCACUGAUUCUCACCGCCGGAGCAAUCACGCUGGAAGAACACCGUUCGGCGGACAUCAAUUGCGACGAGAAAGACAAAUUACACUACCGUAUCAGUCAUCUGAGACUUUCCGUGGAUUUUUACGCGCGUGCUGGCUGGUUCAAAACUUGAUAGGCUAAAGCCUGUUUUCUUCUUCACGACAUUUUUUUGGACAUUUUUUUUCAAGUUCAAAUGCUUCGCGCAAUGGCUAUUUAUCAUUCUCUGUUUAACUUUGGCAAACAUUUUGAUUCGGGGUUCAUACCAUGUACUUUUUAAUUUCAUAUAUCCACGGUCGUAUGUCUAUUGUUUGGGGAUCUUCGUGCUGUCGGAGUUAUCUGCAUAUUUUCUUUUUUAAAAAGAGAGUUUUUAAAAACGAUUUGAGCAAUUAGAAGAUCAAGAUGCAAGGAAAUCGCGUUCAUGUGAAGAUACGUUGAACAUGAAGUAAAUGUUUUGGUUUCUCAGAAACCUCACCAGGGUUUUACAGAUCCCUGGGAGAGACGCGCUCUGACAGUGCGAGCCUCAGUCACAGUUCACGGGUCACGGUCACUGGAGCGAGGAUGUCAAGAUAGAGCUUGGAAACGAGACUUCUACAUUUUUAUCUAAAGCUUAAGAAGACUGUUCGGACUAAUAUUAAAAUUGGUACAUAUCGCCAAGACUUUUCCUGAAAUACCAUUUUAAUGAAUCCCUACAGACGUCUGAGUUAGUUCACUCUGGAUGUUGGGCCGCAGAAGCAGUUGUGUGACCCUGCAGGGUUGUCCCCUGACCGCCUGUUUGCUUAUUUUUGUAGACUAAAAAAUGAUGGAACAGAUACAUGAUUAUUUAUGAGUUAACUUUUUUUAUUCCCCCCUCGAAAAUCACAAAAACUACUUUUACUCUUGACCUUAGGCCUUAGGUCCUCAGGGUCAAUUGUUUAUUUUCCAACCAAAGUUUCUUUGGACUUCCAAACAGCUGAAAGAGUCGUUUCUGUGUUUAAAAGAGACAUUUCCGAACAGAACGGACUGACUACAUACGCACAAACCUUUAACAGAAAAAAAGAACAGGACAUUAAAGACUUUUUGGUGGUUUUUCACGGAAAUCCUGUCCUGCUAACCGAUGGAAAUUCACUGCAAACACGACCCGUUCGCAGCGAUGCACAGGCAUGGAGGGGUGAAUCAGCUGGGUGGGGUGUUUGUAAACGGGCGGCCCUUGCCUGAUGUGGUGAGGCAGAGGAUAGUGGAGUUGGCCCAUCAGGGUGUACGUCCAUGUGACAUCUCCCGCCAGCUCCGGGUCAGCCACGGCUGCGUCAGCAAGAUACUGGGCAGGUACUAUGAGACAGGCAGCAUCAGACCAGGGGUGAUCGGAGGCUCCAAACCAAAGGUUGCUACACCCAAAGUUGUCGACAAAAUCGCUGAUUACAAACGCCAAAACCCCACCAUGUUUGCCUGGGAGAUCCGAGACAGACUGCUGGCAGAGAGAGUGUGUGACAAUGACAGCGUGCCCAGUGUCAGCUCAAUCAACAGGAUCAUUCGCACUAAAGUCCAGCAACCACCUGGCCAAUCAGGAGCUGUCUCCGCCCAUAACUUAGCCUCUACAGUGGCAGUGACCCAGGUAUCCGCAGUAACCAGUGACGCUGCAGGCUCCUCCUACUCUAUCAGUGGAAUUCUGGGAAUUAGUUCACCUGCCGAUGCAAGCAAGCGGAAGAGAGACGAAACUCUACAGGAUUCUCCUUUGGCGAACGGCCACGCCCAUUCAGGGCGGGACUUCCUGCGGAAGCAGAUGCGAGGAGAGCUCUUUACACCGCAGCAGCUCGAGGUAUUGGACCAUGUCUUUGAUCGACAGCCCUAUCCCGACAUUUACCCCGUCCCUGACAGCAUCAGCUACAAGCCCGCCCAGACGUCUGAUUACUCGGCUAUGGCAUCUCUGGCUGGUGGAUUGGAGGAAAUGAAGAACAGCUUGGCCAAUCAGACAGGAGCAGAGUUGGGUUCUACUGUUGCGGGACCUCAAUCGUAUCCACUAGUGUCCGGUCGUGACCUGGCCAGCACCACGCUCCCUGGUUAUCCUCCCCAUGUUCCUCCAACUGGGCAGGGUAGUUACUCCACACCCUCCCUCACAGGGAUGGUACCUGGAGGUGAUUUCUCUGGCAGUCCAUACUCUCAUCCACAGUAUUCGACAUACAAUGAGUCUUGGAGAUUUGCAAACCCCAGUCUACUAGUGUUCCAGCAGGAGUAUGGUUCUUUAUUGGGCUCGGAGAGAGCAGCUUCAUCGGGUCUAUUCUCCGGCCAAACCCCACAACCCACAGGAUCUCCAUACUACUAUAGCGCAGCCACACGGGGAGCAGGAACGGCAGCCACAGCAACUGCCACUGCCUAUGACCGUCACUGACCAGCCGGGCAGAGGAGAAGAGGAAUGGUGAAGGAGUGGGAGAAAAAAAAAAGAGCAGCGAGAAUGGAUUGAUAGCGCCCACAUGAGACUGCUUACAUAUGGAAGAAAAGAAGUGGAGGAGGAGCAGGAAGGAGAAUGGAGAAAGAAAAAAAGAAAGAAAGAAGAGGUGACAAUGUUUUCCUGCCAAUUACAAUCAAUGGUCCAAUCAGAAGCUUCAGCUGAUGUGUCUAAUUUCUGUUCAUUAGUGGAAAGUAUACACCCAUUCACCUGUAUUCCUGUGGUCUCACCUCACACUAAGGGCUGUUUACAUGACACUGUUUUCAACUAAAAACAGAAAACUUUUUAUGCGUUUUGAUUAUUCAUUUACACAACAACAGCGUUUUGGGGGCCUGAAAACACAAACAUUUGAAAACGGGAUUCAAAGUGCACAUUUUUGAAAACGAUACUGUUAUCAUCUCCGUGUAAAAUACAAAAAUGCAAAUUUGUCAAAAAGGUGACGUCAUGCGCAUGUGUAUUACAUGUUCAGUUUUUCGCAUAGUGUUGCUAUACAAAGUGACAUUGCCAACUACUGGCCUCGCAGCAUAAUACAGCAUUUUUAGUCGCUUUCGCAGAUCCUUGUGAACAGGGAUCAUUUUGACAGCAUUGUUGUCUGUAAGCGAAAAACGUAAAGAAAAAACUUUUCCGUUUUUAGUACAUCGUUGUCGUGUAAACGUACCCUAAAUCUGUUAUUGCUUUGAUUUAUCUCUUUUGUCAUUAAAGCCUUGCUUAUCCUAUCGUCUUUGCAUCUCUAUGCAGUCUGUUCUUAUAGAGAUGAUCAGGUGUUGGGAGUUGGUACCAGACAAUCUACUAGUGGCAGCUUGAGAUGACCUACAUGAUUUGAGUUAAUUUUUCAGUCAUUUCAUCAACUGUGUGAAUGUGGCAUCAUAAUCUGUUUUACUAGACUGUUUUACUAGUCUGCUAAAACCAUAAAUUGCUUUGGAGAGAAAAUAAAGUAUCAAGUGAAUGGAGAUUCAAUAGAGUUGGACAGAAAACUCAGGUUGGAAUAUUGGCAUUAUUUACAUUAAAAUUAGCCAGCGUGAAGGACAGACCCAUUUCACUAUUGAUCAUGGGAUGCUUCCAUUUGAAAUUGUAGUGUAAUUACGGUAGAGUUAGGAGAGAUAUUACUGAAAGACUCUGAAAUCAGCCCUGAUUGCGUAAGCACAAGAAUAUUUGAGCCCUCAGUUCUAAUCUAGGAACCAUUUAAACAUAAUGGACUCGUUAAAUAAGAUGGAAGUUUAGCAUUAGUUGUAAUGCGAUGGCUAUAAAUGGGACUGUUUUGUGAUUUCAGUCAUUAUGUUUGAAAAUGGCAGCAUUAAAGCACUGUUGUCAUGAAUGAGAGCAUCUGUAUUUUAAAGACUCCUCUCCUUCCUCUGUGUAGAUAAAUACUAUUUACGUAUGUACAGAAUACCCUUAUUCAACUGUACAUUAGUAAGAUUUAUAGCUAUUUAUGAUGGAGAGUAAUAUAUAUAAUUGUGUGUAAAAGUUUACUGCAGACAAAUGCUACAAUGCUACUGCUAGCUAAAGAUGUUGCCGUGGAAUACGUAGCUGGUUCUCUUUUUAAACCCCUGAUGUUUCAUUCCAAAUGCAAAUCAGUUGCAAUUAAUAGAGCUUGCUGGAACUGAAGCGCUGACAAACUUUUGUAAAGUUGCUACAUUUUAGAAGGGGAACAUCUUUAGCGAUGCUAAUUUCCCCAACAGGAAGUGAUGUCAUACUGUCUGUCCAUUCAAAACUCCUUAGCCUCCCCAAAGAUGCUCUUCAGUAGUGCAAAUAGAUACUCUUAAAAGCACAAAGUGACAAAUCUGUUAUCCGAAAAUGACUUUUUUUUUUGUUCAUGCUCUUUGAGUGCAUUUGUUUUUGAAUAUUCACUUCAUCCAUACUGCGCCAAGACAAUGCAUGAGACCAAGGUGGAGGCCUUACCAAACUCUCUAUGUAGCAACAUCAUGCUGUACAUUCAUCCCUAUUUGUCUGUCUGAGAUAUUCUGUACAUCUAUCACUUACAAUGACAAGAGCUUUUGAUAUCAUUAUUGACUGAUAUAUUGAUAUCUAACUUUAGAUUCUAGUAGACGAGAAAAGACAAAAAGUGUGCUUUAUUUAGCUAUUGUCUGUGAUGAGUGUUCCCAGUUCUUGAUUUCCUUGUUUUUUUUUCAAUACACUGUGCAUUGCUGAGUAGCUUUCGAAAAAGGAGAACACUGUAGUUUUAGUAGUGAGUCACAAGCACCAAAACUUUGAUGUGAAAUAAGAAAAAAAAGACAAAACUAUGAAUAUAUAUAUAUAUAGAAGUUGAUAGUUUUUAUGUUUUUAUGUUGUUGCUCUGGACUGUAAAGUAGUAAUAGGAUUACAUUUGUUUGUAGACCAUAAGUUGCACGUUAUGCAACUCUAAAGAAACCCUUGAUGCCGUUCACCACUAAUGACUACUGGUGAACUUUGACCUUUUAAACUUUUAGUCAGAGGCAUUAUGAACCUGAAGUACACCAGCUGAAAUCAAGGACAGUGCCUUUAUUUUUCUACCGAGUCAUCCAGAAUGACCAUGUGUCACUAAAUUGCGAAGCUGUCUGCAUGACAUAAUGAGAUCAGAGCUUGACCAACCAAUCAAUCAAUCAAUGCCACUGCCCACAGUUUUAACAGCGUUUUUUUUUUUUUUUUACAUGCCAAUUUUACAAACUAAUUAAAACCCAGCAAACAAACUAUAAAUUAUACUCAUAUAAUCUAUUUAAUAUUCUAACAGCAAGUAAAAUAUGAUUAUCCAUUAAAUAAAUCAUUGUUCUAUUAUAUACAGUAUUGUACUGCUACUACCCCAAGCAGUACAAUAUUGUACUGACGAGUAAUUUACACUAAACAACAGAUUCAGUAUGACAAUAUGUAGUUUUAGUCAACUAAUUGCAAAUUUAAUAUCAAAACUGACAUAUUCUGAGACCCAAAAGCUGUUUUAUUUUCUGCUGAUAUAACAGGGUACACUCUUAGAAGAAAAGUUUCUAUAUAGAACCUUAGAGGGUUCUGUCAAGCGCAUCGGAUAUAGAACCUUUUAGGGGUUCCCAUCUUGGGAUCAUUUUAUGGAUUUAGUUUUAAGUUUAUUAGUUGAAAUUAAUUAAAAAAAAAAAAAAGUUUAAAUUCAUUUUUAUUUUUUAUUAAAUUUUAUGAAUUAAACAGCUAGUUAACAUGCUUUAUCAAUAAUAACAAAAAUUAAAUAACCUGUUAAACAUGAAAGUAUUAUGCAAUCAUUAAAGACAUUUCUCCUCAUAUAAAACCUUUUUGGCAUAGAAGGUUCUUUAGAAUUGAGUCAAGAACCCUAGGGUUCUAUAUAGAACCCCACUGAACCUUUUUUUUCUAAGAGUGUGCAAGAAACUCCUGAUGGUAACAUUAAUUCCUUUCUCUUAUAAGGAUAGUUCACACAAAAAUGAAACUUCUAUCAUCAUUUAUUCACCCUCAUGUUUUUCCAAAACUGUUUCAACUGUUUUUUCGAAUGUACUGAAAGUCGGUCCAAAAAUAACAUGAGACCACAUUGACUUUCAUAAUAUGGACAAUUAAAAAAAAAAAACAUAUUUUGAAAUGCAUAGGCAUACAGGUUUGGAACGAUGUGAGGGUAAAUUUUAGGUGAACUAUCCCUUUAAGCACUGAGAAUGAAUGUUAGAUUAAUUAUAAAGGGAUUGCCUUGCCAUUUAUCUGACCAUUUUUGUUUAAAUAGUGGUUGUGUAUUUCUGUUGGCUUAAAAUAGAGAGAUACACAUUCAACACACACAUGCAGUCCUUUUGUCCUUCGUCAGGUCAUGAACACGCCACACCUCUCCAUCGACAUGAUCAAAACCUGCUGCGCCAGCAAAAUCGAACACCUUUCUCUUUUCUCAUCCCCUCUUAUUUCAAUUUCUUAUUUCCACCCCACCCCCAUUUUACUCCCUUUUCCUCUCUGGUGCACCUUUAAUCUCAUCAUAUCUUCCUAACCCCUUAAUCCAAUGACAUCAGGAUUAGAAAUUCUACAAGUUAGCCGUUGAUCACCUUUAUAAAAAUCCCCAUUUUCUCUGAGAAGAUUAUGAUCACAUGCAUUUAGGUUAUAAAUAGCAUGCAUUAAAAAUCUUGGUUUUAGAUUAUUGGCAUACAAUUUCAUUUAAUUAGUCUUAUUUUUUUCAUUCACUCUCAUUCUCAUUCACAAAAAUGUGGCAAAAUAGAUACCUGGCUUUUAAUUAUACCUUAAAACAAAGUAGUUUACUCUUUAAAAUAUGGCUUAGGACUCCAUAUGUAAAAUGUUUCCAAAGUAAAAGCUGAGCAUCAUGAAUGAUACACAUUCAUCCAGUAAACAAGCCUUGUGGGAACAGCCCACAAAAUAUCAGAAUAUAGGAGUCAAAUGCUAUUUCCCAAACAAGCAAAAAUUGGUUCACAAUCCUAAAACAGUAAUAUAUUCGGUGAUGUAUUGAUUCUACAAGCGGUACGUCCACAUCAACAUUAAAGGUUUCCCAAUUAAAAAGGCAGACUUUUAAAAACAGAGGACUUGGUUAUCACCUUAUUGUGGCCUUCUGUGUACAAUCGGAAGCUCCUUCUGUAAUUACUUGCUAAUAGUUUCUUUCCCAAUGGGUUCAUAAGUAUUUUUUACUCAGUUUUUGAAGUAAAGAUUAAAGAUUUUAAGAAAGUUUGAAACGUUUUGACGAAUUUGAUAACAGCAAUCAGUUCAAUUCAAAAGAAAAAGAAAAGAAAGAAAAAAAAAUCAGUCCAAUAACAUAUCUGUAGCAUCCACCAAAGUUAGAGAUGCCCGGUUUAAAAGUAUUCUCUGGUGAGCAUUGCAAAAUUUUUCAAAUUAUGAAAUAACCAACAUGACAGAAAGAUGAAGGCAACAGAUAUUUGCAAUGAAUAAAUGAAUGAACUGCUUCUUUAAGAAAUGUGUAUGUUUUUUAUUGAAUUUUCUAGUAGUAAAAACUCUUGGUGUUUUUCUCUGCGUGUCGUGUGUUGUCUUAAUAUUUGAAUGUAUUUACUGCGGAACAAAAUUUGCCAAAGAUAUCAUGUCACUUGAUUUCAAUCUUUUUGGUUCUUCAUGACUAUUUCUUCAUUUUAUUAAAAUCUGUCCACAAGCUGGAAAUAAAUGUGAUUUGAUAUUAAUUUUCUAAUGGAAUUAUAUUGUUAUUGUUAUAUUAUUAUUGUUAUUUUUAUUAUUAUGAUUUUUAUUUGUUUGUUUUACUGUUGUUCAGGGUUAUUCAAUUGUCUGGCAUUCCUCCUAAUCCCUGAUACAGGGUCAUAGGCUACUCUGUGUAUGUGCAUAUGAGUGAAUGUUGUUUGUGAAUUAUCAAUUUACGUAUGUUGUAAUGUGAAACUAAGAAGUAAUUAUUUGUAAAUAUUGGCCAUAAUUUUAUUGGUUCAUCAGAAUAAAAGUAAUUUUUUAAGUUCA